ACUGGCAUUUAAAUCUGCUGCAGUGGGAAGCCCGUGGACGCCUGUCACCGUGAGUGAAUCUGCUCUAUUGGAGGGUCUGGCGCUCGUUUUCUCUUCUCUUUCAUAAUAGCUAUUGUAUCUCUUGCAUUUGCUGAGUGAUACAUUGUAGCCUCUAGCGACGCGCGCUUUUAUUCCAACAAAACCUGAAUGAAAGGCUGCCUGUUUGGCCAUGUUUUGGACCGUAACAUUUAAACAGAAUAUUAUAUAAUGCAUCAUAUUUUGUAAUUAUGGUCUAAUCUUUCGCGCAUUUUGUGUCGUGAGUGGCCUAUAGAGACAAGGGAACAGUUUCAAUGGACGCUUAAAAUACAUCGACGUCAUUACAAAUCCAUUAAUUUGAAUACACUACAGUAGGACUAAGGCGCAUUUGUGCAUAUUGUGAAAUAAUUAACCAAAAACAACAGAUAUAUCGUCUAAGGUUGCCUAUACUCGAGUUGCAUCAUGUUCAGCUGGUUGGGUACCGAUGACAGGAGAAAGAAAGAUCCAGAGGUCUUCCAGAAUGUCAGUGAAGGACUCAAGAAGCUUUACAAAACCAAACUGCUUCCACUGGAGGAACACUACAAAUUCCACGAGUUUCACUCACCCGCUUUGGAGGAUGCAGAUUUUGACAAUAAGCCCAUGGUUCUCCUGGUGGGACAGUAUUCCACUGGCAAAACCAGCUUCAUAAGAUAUCUUCUGGAGCAGGACUUCCCUGGUAUGCGGAUCGGUCCAGAACCCACAACUGACUCCUUCAUAGCAGUGAUGCAUGGCACCAUGGAGGGACUAAUACCAGGAAACGCGCUGGUAGUGGAUCCCAAAAAACCCUUUCGGAAACUCAACGCCUUUGGGAAUGCCUUCCUUAACAGGUUUGUGUGUGCCCAGCUGCCCAACCCUGUUCUGGAGAGCAUCAGUGUGAUUGACACUCCAGGAAUCCUGAGCGGAGAGAAACAAAGGAUCAGCAGAGUUGCUACAGAAGAUGGCUUUGGUUAUAGCUGCCUGCGUAAAUGUCCAUAUGGAGGUAUUGUAGAUACUGACAAACUACUGUUAACACCUGCAGCUUAUUACGCCAAUGAAGUUCCAGCACCGCUCGACUCCAGACGUGCUGUCCAUGCAUACAUCAUUAGCUCCUUGAAAAAAGAAAUGCCCUCAGUCUUUGGGAAGGAGAACAAAAAGAAGGAGCUGGUUAACAGCUUGGGCGAGAUCUACAGCCGCAUUGAAAGGGAACACCAGAUUUCCCCGGGAGACUUCCCUAAUCUUAAGAAAAUGCAGGAGCAGCUUCAAGCACACGAUCUGAACAAGUUCCAGCCUCUGAAAAUGAAGCUGUUGGACACCGUGGACGACAUGCUGGGUCACGACAUCGCCCAGCUUAUGGUUCUGGUGCGUCAGGAGGAGACGCAGCGCCCCAACCAGGUGGUGAAGGGUGGCGCCUUCGAGGGCACCAUGAAUGGGCCGUUCGGACACGGAUAUGGCGAGGGAGCCGGCGAGGGCAUUGAUGAAGUCGAAUGGGUGGUGGCACGUGACAAACCUAUGUAUGAUGAAAUCUUCUACACUCUCUCGCCCGUCAAUGGCAAAGUGACUGGAGCCAAUGCCAAGAAGGAGAUGGUGAAGUCCAAGCUGCCAAACACUGUGCUGGGUAAGAUCUGGAAGCUGGCUGACAUUGAUAAAGAUGGGAUGCUCGAUGAUGAGGAGUUUGCCUUGGCCAAUCACCUGAUCAAGGUCAAACUAGAAGGUCACGAGCUUCCAAGUGAACUGCCCGCUCAUCUUGUGCCGCCCUCUAAAAGAAAGGUUCCAGAGUAAGAUUGGUUUGGAAUUGGGAUGGAUUUUGGGAAAGCAUAUAGUUUGAAUUACUGAUGGCCGGACAACUUUUACUAUACUGUAGAAAAAAAAUAACUGUGACUUCUUUGAAAUGUGUGGUUUAUGCUUCACUAGCAAGGAUGGAUUUGGAACUCUUUUGACUUGUGUAUGUAUUUUUUUGUUUUGUUUUAUUUUUUAUGAACAAAUUGUGCUGUCUGCAGUCUGUUUUAUGUGUGCUUUCAGAUUUUACAAUCAUAUUUUUAUGCCACAAUUUCAAUUUCAUCCGUUCAGCUAUCAUGACUGUAACGCUGAGUCCUAACCAGUCAUGUUGCGAUGAAUGAUAUUAAAUGUAAAACAGCACAUUUUGUCGAUCACACGAUUUCAGUUUCUGUGACAAUUUGCUUGCUAGCCUUUCCCGCAGUGAAAUCUCAUUGGUCUAAAAAUCUACUUCAGGUAAUUACAUUAAACAUCGUUAUCUUCUGAUUGGUCGACAAUGACAUUGUGUCACGUUUCGUAGCUGUUUUGUGUUCAGGUGAUUAUUUGUCGCAUUGCGCCUGGUUAGGACACGCUAAAAUGCUUUUCAAUAUAUUUCACUUUCACGCUCAAUUUACACUACUGUUCAAAAGUUGUUUUUGAAUAUCUCUUUUGCUUGCCGAGACUGCAUUUAUUUUGUGAAAUAAUAUUACAAUUUAAAAAAAAAACUAUUUUCUAUUUUAAUCUAUUUUGAAAUGUGAUUUAUUCCUGUGAUGGAAAAUCUGAAUACUUCUGUUACCUGCCGUCUUCCGUGUCACAUAGUCCUUCAGAAAUCAUUCUAAAAAAUAUUAAUAAUCUCACUGACCCUACAUUUUUGAACGGUAGUGUAUAUCCGAUUGAUCUGUGUCUCAGGAGGGGUGAGACGUCAAUUAAUGUAGAAAAACAUGAAUCUUAUUCUGAAUCUUUGUAUCAGUUGUUAUUCUAAGUACACAACUGUUAAAAUGUAGCUAGAAAAGCUAAAUUCCUUUUAUAAGUAGGUGUAACUGUUGUUCUCUUCUUGUUAAGGCGGCAUCUUUAAUGAAUGCGAGUCCUUUCUAGCCUGACCAAGAGACUGUUAAAACUGUAUAGCCGUCACGUCAGAAGACUCAGUGUUUAGUGUUCUUGAUGGACCCGUAGAGCUAGUAUCCUUGUCAGUAGUCUACUGUAUAUGUUAAUGCCUAACAUAUCUAAACUAACUAGGGUUAUAGUAGUGUUUAUAUAAUUCCCGUCUGAUUUUCCAAAGAAGAAAAAAGAAUGAUGCUGCAAAACCGCUUUAUUCAAGUGAUGUGAAGUUCUCUUUCUGAGCGUUUCUGCAUUCACAUGCUCAUUUAAAGAGCAGUGGUUUUGGAUCUAAAUAUGUAUUUAGUUAUAUUACUUUAUUAUAUCUGCAUUUAAUGAUUUAAUUAACUCUUUACCUCUGUAUCCACCCCUUGACAAGCAGUUAUCUAGAGCUGUCGCAUUUUCUCAAGCAGAUUUUUAGGAUCUGAAUGUGAAUUGGUAGAAUUUUAUGCACUGAACUAAAUGGUCUUUAAAAAAAA